CUGCCUUUCAACAAAUAUGCAUAUCUCACUACACACAACGCUUUUGCCAUUGAUGGGGAGCCAUCUCACACUGGAGUCCCGAGGAUUACCAUCACAAAUCAGGAGGACACUGUCACUCAGCAGUUGAACAACGGCGUUCGAGCGUUGAUGUUGGACACUUACGACUUUGAAGAUGACAUCUGGUUGUGCCAUUCCACCGGUGGGAAAUGCUACGAUUUCACUGCAUUUGAACCAGCCAUCGAUACCAUGAGGGAGAUCGAAGCCUUCUUGUCUGCAAAUCCAUCAGAGAUUGUCACGUUGAUCUUAGAAGACUAUGUUGAGACUCCAAAUGGAUUGCCAAAGCUUUUCAAUGAUUCAGGUCUGACAAAGUAUUGGUUCCCAGUCUCGAGCAUGCCCCAAAAUGGCCAGGACUGGCCUCUAGUAAGCGACAUGGUUGCCAGCAACCAGCGCCUUAUCGUCUUCACGUCCAUCAAAUCCAAGCAAGACUCAGAAGGGAUCGCCUAUCAGUGGAACUACAUGGUGGAAAACCAGUAUGGAGACGAUGGCAUGGAAGAAGGCAAAUGCUUCAACCGUGCUGAAUCUGCUUCUCUAAGUGACACGACCAAAUCUCUUGUGCUGGUGAACUAUUUCUCCUCGAUACCAGUGAAGCAAACGACCUGCGAAGAUAACUCCGGCCGACUCAUCAACAUGCUCAAUACAUGCUAUGGCGCAGCAAACAACCGAUGGGCCAAUUUUGUGGCUGUCGAUUUCUACAAGAGAAGUGACGGCGGAGGGUCAUUUCAAGCAACAGAUAUGCUUAAUGGGAGAUUGCUAUGUGGCUGUGAUGAUGUACGCGCAUGUGUGGCUGGGUCUACUCCCGGUGCAUGCAGCAGUCCUUAACAGCAAUGGUGAUACGAAUUCAUUGUGGCAUUGGCCUCUUUGAACAGCAACCUACUGCAACAUAUAGUGGUAUUCCAUGGGAUUCAUGUUUUGUAAUUUUUGUUUAUUGUUUCCAUAUUCUGAUGAACAAUUCUACUGAAAGAAUAAUGUUCCGACACAA